AACAUACCUGAACAUACCUACUUCAAUUUUAUACCGUUUUUAAUAGCAUUCCGAGUAUCAAACCCUGGAUAACAUGUGCUUAUAUUUACAUUCACAACAUUCAAUAUUUUCGAGUAAUUGAGCUUAAUUAAAGUGUAAAUCAUGCAGAAAAUAGCAAAUAAAGUGAGACGAAAGAAAGUAAGUCUCGAGGCUAUUGAAAAGACAGGAAAUUUUAAAGUGAAAUCAUAUAAAGUGCUGAUAAAAACUGGAAAGUCAAAUUUAAGUCAUGUAAAGUUACCUGGAGUUAAAGAUUUUUGGAAUGUUGAGGAACUGACAAAGAAUGGCAAGAAGGAAAAUGAAGAUCCAAAAAAAAGCUCAACUAAAAAGUCUACACAGAGACUUACUGGAUCUGAAAGAUAUCAAAGAUACAUGGAUGAAGAAGAAAGAAUCAGGAAAAUUGAAGAGGAAAUGACAGAUCCAAAUUUAGAGCCACAUACACCAGAUCAAUUUGAAAGAUCAUUACUAAAUGAUAGAAAUAGUAGUUUGAUGUGGAUUAAAUAUAUGGCAUUUCAUUUAGAAACAGCAGAGGUGGAUAAAGCAAGAGCAAUCGCAAAGAAAGCCAUAGCAUCUAUCAAUUUUAGAGAAGAACAGGAACGAUUGAAUGUCUGGAUUGCACUUUUAAAUCUUGAGCUUCGAUAUGGAACAGAUGAAAGCUACAAUGAAGUAUUGAGUGAAGCUACUCAGCGAAAUGACUCAUUUAGAGUAUAUUCACAGACACUAAAAAUUUUGCUUGAUCUAGACAAACUAAUUGAUGCCAACAAAAUCAUAGAAAUAUUAAAGAAGAAAUACAAGCAUCUUCCAGAUAUGUGGCUCCUCGUCAGUGAAUCAUACUUAAGAAUUAAUAAUGAAAAGCUUGCAAAGGAAAUGCUUCCAAAAUCAUUACUUAGUCUUAAGGAAAAGGAUCAUCUGGAAUAUAUGACGAAGUUUGCUUUAAUGAUGAGCAGGCAUAACAUCCACGACUUCUCCCAGACUAUUUUCGAGAAAAUCCUUUCAACCUAUUCGAAAAAUUUAUCAAUUUGGUUCACAUACAUCGACAUGAUGACAAAAAAUGGAGACAUAGAGAUUGCAAGAUCACUGUUUGAGCGCAUGCUGGUACAUAAAUUUCCUCUUAAGAAGCUUAAAAGCAUUUUCCAGAAAUAUAUUGAAUUUGAGACCAAACAUGGUGAUAAUGCUAAUCUAUCGAAAAUCAAGAAAAUGGCUAAAAGUAUGCUGGAAAAGCAUGAAGACGAAUAAAUUUUAUGUUGAGCAUUAAAUCAA